GGUUUCGAUUACGGUUCGGUUUCAAAUCUGUUUUUUCUCACCCCUGCUCUAAGGCGUGCAUCUACUCGGACGCCAAACGUGAGAGUUGCGGUAAACACGCUGAAGCUUCCACUGUACUUAUACUUACAGUGACACUGGACGAUUCAAGUCAACUUAAAUCCUAGUUGUAUCAAUCGCAAAGAUCGUGAAACAAUGGGAGAAAAAGGCGAUGCCGUUGUUUACGUGAUCGGAACCGCCGAUACGAAGAUGGAGGAGCUUGCUUUUCUCACCAACUCCCUCCGCUCUCAUCUCUCCAUCUUUUCACCUACUUCUUCCGAUAAGGUACAAGUAACGAUAGUUGAUGUUUCGACCAGUCAGAAAGAGACAGAGAGUUUUGGUGAUUUCAAAUUUGUAUCGAGAAAGGAUGUAUUGUCUUGCUACUCUGAAGGAUCAGAGAAAUAUAACUUGCAGCUUCCCGAUGAUCGAGGCAAAGCAAUUGCAAUGAUGAAUGAUGCAUUGCAAAAGUUCCUCACUAAAGCUUAUAAGAAUUGUAAUCUUACCGGAGUAAUUGGGCUCGGUGGAAGUGGAGGAACCUCUUUGCUAUCAUCUGCUUUCAGGUCACUACCAAUUGGAGUACCAAAGGUCAUUGUAUCAACUGUAGCCAGCGGUCAGACCGAACCUUAUGUUGGCACAUCGGAUUUGAUAUUGUUCCCUUCCGUGGUUGAUAUAUGUGGCAUUAACAAAGUUAGUCGGGCGGUUCUAUCGAAUGCUGGUGCUGCCUUUGCUGGAAUGGUGAUUGGAAAAAUUGAAAGAUUGAAAGAGGCUUGUAGUGAUGAUGAGAAAUUCACUGUUGGCAUAACUAUGUUUGGUGUAACAACUCCAUGUGUGACUGCUGUGAAAGACAGACUGAAUAAAGAAGGGUUUGAAACCCUGGUUUUCCAUGCCACUGGGGUAGGGGGCAGAGCGAUGGAGGAUCUUGUCAAGGGAGGAUUCAUACAGGGUGUUUUGGACAUCACAACAACAGAGGUCGCAGACUAUGUGGUUGGAGGUGUUAUGGCUUGUGAUAGUUCUCGCUUUGUUGCCACUUUAGAGAAUAAGGUACCGCUUGUUUUAAGUGUGGGAGCCUUGGAUAUGGUGAAUUUUGGAGCUAAAGGUACUGUUCCUAGUGAGUUUCAGCAAAGAAAGACUUAUGAACAUAAUGAACAGGUCACAUUGAUGAGAACGACCGAUGAGGAAAACAAAAAAAUUGCUAGUUUUAUAGCAGACAGAUUGAAUAAUUCAUCAUCCAAGAUUUGUGUUUGCUUACCAGAGAAAGGUAUAUCUGCUUUAGAUGCAGCAGGAAAGCCUUUUUUUGAUCCUGAUACGACACACAUCCUCAUCAAUGAACUAAAGAGUCUAAUCAAAGUGAAUGAAGAUAGGCAGAUCAAGAUUCUACCUUACCAUAUAAAUGAUCCCGAAUUUGCAAAUGAAUUAGUGGACUCGUUCUUGAAGAUUUUUAAGUGUGUCAAAGGCCAUAAUCAUCAUCAAGCUGUUUCCAAACCUGAUGAAGACCUUAAGAUAGGUAACUCUGGUUCCGGAACGAAGCCCCAGGACAGUGGAGUUAUUUCUUACAGCUUGAGUGACUUUCCUAAUGCAAAACCAGAAACCUUGCAAAGAACACAGACAAUACUUCAGCAACUUAAAAAUCAAAUAAAGGCAGGGAAACCUAUCAUAGGGGCCGGUGCUGGGACUGGCAUAUCUGCAAAGUUUGAGGAAGCUGGUGGCGUGGAUCUGAUAGUCUUGUACAACUCUGGGCGCUUUCGUAUGGCAGGAAGGGGUUCUCUAGCUGGAUUAUUACCUUUCGCUGAUGCAAACGCUAUAGUGCUUGACAUGGCUAAUGAAGUUUUACCUGUGGUAAAAGAAGUACCAGUGCUGGCUGGAGUAUGUGGAACUGAUCCUUUCCGUAGGAUGGAUUACUUCCUGAAGCAGCUAGAGUCCAUUGGGUUUUCUGGAGUGCAGAAUUUUCCAACUGUUGGUCUUUUUGAUGGUAACUUUAGACAGAAUCUGGAAGAAACUGGAAUGGGUUAUAGCCUGGAGGUUGAGAUGAUUGGAAAAGCUCAUAAAAUGGGAUUCUUGACGACCCCUUAUGCUUUUAACAAAGAAGAAUCUGAUGCAAUGGCUAAAGCUGGGGCUUCUAUCAUAGUUGCUCAUAUGGGUUUAACAACAUCUGGGUCAAUUGGUGCAAAAACGUCAGUCUCGCUAGAGGAAAGUGUAUCUCGUGUACAAGCGAUUGCUGAUGCUGCUCAUAGAAUCAAUCCUGGCACUAUCGUGCUCUGUCAUGGAGGUCCUAUAUCUGGUCCUGAAGAAGCAGAAUUCAUACUGAAAAGAACCACUGGAGUUCAUGGGUUUUAUGGUGCAUCAAGUUUGGAGAGGCUACCAGUUGAACAAGCUAUAAAAACCACUGUUCAGAGAUACAAAGCAAUUUCCAUGAAUUGAAUUUUUCCAAACAUAUUCUCUGAGAAGAUUGCCAUAUAUGUCAACAACAACCGUGGCCAUGAAGCGCAUUGAGAUAUCAAGCAUGAUCAUGUCGAAUAUUGCGUUAGGGGCACCCUAAUAGUUUGGUAGUGAAUAUGUGGUUCUUGUUGAAUAGUUUGUGAUAUUUGCUUAAGAUCCCAUCUGUAGAAUGGAUUUCAGAUAUGUCAUGAAAUCAUGUUGUGGAGAUUGACAAGUUAGGCCAACUAGAAGAUAUCUCAAGUUAGGUGGCCUUCCUGAAUGAUAAUACAGGCAAGUAUGGAUGUAUAAUGUAUGUGCACAAUGCAGGAAAUAACAGGAUGAAAACUGUUGAGGAUACCAAAGAGAAAGAGAGCCGGCGGCUUUAGCUUUGCUUGUACUUUCCACGUGGUGGUGCUUAUAUUUCACGAAAAUGCAAUAAUUCCGUUGCUCGAUUACUUAUUUGCACCGGAAUGUAUUUGGAAUGUUUCGCACUUUGACUGGACGCAAGCCACUACAGCUAUACUACACUUGUCGUAAAUUUAUUGUGGCCUUC